ACAAUUAUCGACGCCUAAAAUCCCAAAUUCAAUCAUCACAGUUCGGCCCCCUAACCUGAAAAUGAAAAGAAAUGGGGCAAAAAGGCCGAAAACCUUUGUAGUCUAUAUAGGCUAUUGAUUUCCGAAGCUGUUGAAAUUUUUUGUAGUCGAAUAUUGUUGAUCAAUUGGUGAAGAGUAUCUCGUUUGGAUUUUGGAAUUUGAUUUGGGAAUUCUUUGAGCUUGUUUUCUGUUGCUUGUUUAAUGCCAAUGCAUCAAAUUUGGCUGCUAUUGCUCGCGUUCGAGUGAGUGAAUCGUGUGCUUUAGUUACUGCUCACCCCAGAAUCGCUCAUCAUCGAAGUUACGAGAAGCAUUAAACAGAAAUCGGGGUUUUUGGAGCUGAAAAUAAAAAAUUAGGUUUUGCGGUAAUCCAAAUAUGUCGACGGGCAAACCUAAAGACGGUGACCUCCCGGUGGUUUCGGUGCCGGACAAGUCGAAACCGCCGCUUCCGCCGGCAACAGCAGUAUCCAAUGCACUUGUGGAAUACACUCCAGUUGGUUUCAAGGAGGAAGAAGAGGACCUUGAGGUUAAGCUGCGACGUAUUAUCGAUAACGUGCCCGUCCGAGUCAGCAACACGUCUGGAAGCUCUGCCGGUUCCGGCUCCGGUGACUUUCAUCAGUAUCGGCAGAUGAGACGGAAAGAGCAAGAUAGACUUGCGAGGAUGGAAGUUGAUUAUCAGAAAAGGAAAGAACUGGCAGAGUUUACAAUGAGGAGGGAGGAAAGGUUAAAAGCUGCUGAAGAGCGAACAGCAAAGAAGCGAUUGAAACGUCAAAAGAAAAGGCAAAGAAAGAAGGAAAAGAAGAGUAAAUCGAAUACUGGAGAACAGCAGGAACAAAAAGAAGGAUCUUCGGACGAGGGGGACUCAGAUAAUGACGAGGAGGCAACAUAGUAAAGCAUGCCUUGGCCGUACCUUAAUGCUCUCGAAAUAUUGUUGUAAGCUACAUCUUAGAUGGCCACAUUCAUUUAAAGUUUUGAACAUACAGUCUUGGGACUUGAUUGAGUUUUCCAGGUAUUGUAUUUUGUUUUGAGAUGAAAUCUUUGUGAGACUAAUGGAGGGCCAUGGGAUUGUGUAAUUUUUGCCUCUA